UAAUGCAAAGUGGUUUACCAGUUGCACGAAUAGAAUUUCUUGAUGAGAACAUGGUUGAUGCUUGUAAUCGUUUUUCAAAAUUGGAUCUUGAUGUAUCACCAACAUUAUUUCUUGAAUUUCAUGGUAGUAAGAGUAAUAUUGAUGCUCAAGGAAGAAUAGCAGAUGUUUGUGUACCAAUUACUGCCUUGCCUAAUAUGAUUUCGUUUGCAAAAAACGAAUUACAACGAUUACAAUUAUUAGGAUUGAUUUUAGGCCAUGUUGGUGAUGGAAACUUUCAUGUAAUAUUAAUUUUCGAUUCUAAAAAUUUAGAAGAAAUUAAACGUGUUGAUGAAUUUUCUACUAUUUUAGCCAAAGAAUCAUUACGCAUGAAUGGCACUAUCACUGGUGAACAUGGCAUUGGUCUAGGAAAGAAACAAUUACUUAUCGAUGAAUUUGGAACCCAAGGAAUCAAUACUAUGAAAAGCAUCAAAAAAGCACUUGAUCCAUUAAAUAUUCUUAAUCCUGGCAAGUGUACUCAACGCUAUGCAUCAUCACAAGCUUUAGCUACUGAUUUAAAAAGUAUUGUAGGAAAUGACAAUGUAGGAACCAGUACAGCUAUUCGAGAACAACAUAGCCAUGAUGAAUCAUAUCAUGCAGGACAUCAGCCGGAUGUUGUUGUUUUUGCACAAAGUACAGAACAUGUUUCAAAUAUUGUUAAAUAUUGUGCAUCUAAACGAAUCCCCAUUAUACCAUUUGGUACUGGUACUGGAUUAGAAGGUGGUGUUACUGCUUCUAAAGGUGGUGUAUGUCUUGAUUUGAGUCGAAUGAAUAAAGUAUUGUCGGUAAAUGCUGAAGAUUUCGAUUGCACAGUUCAAGCUGGUGUUACUCGAAAUGCUUUAAAUUCUUAUAUUCGUGAUACUGGUCUUCAGUUUCCAAUAGAUCCUGGUGCAGAUGCAUCUCUUGGUGGUAUGUGUGCAACAAGUGCAUCAGGAACAAUGGCUGUUCGAUACGGAACAAUGCGUGAAAAUGUGAUGAACUUAGAAGUUGUUUUAGCUGAUGGUAGUAUUAUCAAAACAGCAGGACUCAAAGGAAGAAGUCGAAAAACAUCAUCAGGUUAUAAUUUAACUAAUUUAUUUGUUGGUCAAGAAGGUACAUUAGGUAUUAUUACUGAAGCAACACUCAAAUUACAUGCAACUCCUGAAGCAGUUCUUGCUGCUGUUGCUCCAUUCAAAGAUAUGCAAAGUGCAGUAAAUGCUACAGUAGCUAUAAUGCAAAGUGGUUUACCAGUUGCACGAAUAGAAUUUCUUGAUGA